UUGGGGUGUGUAGGUCACUGUUUUUUUUCUUGUUAUUUCACUUUGCCUGCAAAAGUUAUUAAACAUCUCUCCAUAAAACUCCAAACCAUUAGCAGUUCUUAGUUUUAGGCCUCUAUUUAGUGCAGGAACUGUUAAAGAAUGCUUGGAGGGAGGACAACCAUGUUGGUGGCUUUAGAACCAUACACGCGUGAGGAUAGGGUUUUGAGCCUUUACGAUGAAGAAAAGAAAAAAGGAAAUGAAGAAAGAGAAGUAUAAUGCACAUACAAAAUGAAGUUUUUGGAUAGGAGAGAUGAGAUGAAAACACAGUUUACAUGGUUCGACAAAUAGAAGCCUACAUCUACGGGGAAGGAUCAAACGUUUAUUGAAGAUGAGUAUACAAUAUUUUCUUUCUCACUACAAGAAAAUCUACCUACUAUGACAGUUGUAUACAUCCCAAAUUGAAAGGAGGAAAGAAAAACUGUCACAAAAGCUAAAAAAUCUGGUUUUUGGCGGAAAAAGAUGAAAUUUUUCAGAUUUCACUUUCCGCUAUAGUUAUUUGGUGUCAUGAAAGAUACAAAAAAAUAUUUUAUUUAAUUUAUUAAAAUAAAAUUUAUUUUAAAUAAAAAGUUUAUUAAAAUAAGAUUUUUUUCUAAUCCUAAAAACAUUAAAUAAUUUAUUUAUUAAAAUAAAACAUCUCCAAAACCCUUUUCUCUACCUCCUCAUCUUCUUCUUCUUCUCCUCUUAUUCUUCUUCUCUUCUUUUUCUUUUUUUCUUCAUCUUUGUGGAAUAUCCACACGUCGCCCCUCCUUCUCAAUUUUUUCUCCCUUCCGCUAACCAUCUCUCUCCCUCUCUCACACACGUCGGGAACGACGAGACUUUUCAUCAACAAUAUACCCGAAAUCUCCCUCAUUCUCUCCUUUAGCCGAUGCCACCACCCAACACCCCUUGCACCACUAAACUCACUGGUGAAUUUCAGCCAUUAUUUCUAUUGUUUGUAUUUAUACAGUAUAUUAACUUCAAAUGCUUUCAUUUGACCCACAAUGUGAUAUAUUGAUGGUUCUUUUUAUGAAAAACAUCCCUCAUAGUUUUAGAUAUGUGUUUGUUUUGUCUACCAUCCUAUUCAAUAUUGUUGUUUAUGAUCAUUUUUCUAAUUUGAAUUUACAUUUUUUCUUUAUGGUUGCCUAUAUGAUGAAGCAUUUUGCUAGCUUACAAUGUGUUUGAUGAAAUGCCUCAAUGAAGCAUUUAGUUGAUUUUUAACUUAUUUUUGUUCGUUCGAAUUAGGAAAUCAAGGCCAAGGGAGAUUUCAUGGCUAUGGGCUGAAGCUUUGAGAAAAAAAGAAUGAAAAAUGAAAUGUGUUGGAACGGUGGAGAAGUGCAAAUGCAGUAUGCUUUGAUGUUGAUAGCACAGUUUGGUUUAGUAACAAUCAUUGAGGUGACCUUGCUAGUUCUCAAUCUCUAAGGUUUAUUUCGAGGCCAACUUAGACCUCUACACAAUGGACAAGUCAUGGAUGACCCAAAAUAGGAUGUCAAGAGAAUAUGAUUUAGGAGUCGAAAGGUUCAUUAAAUUUGGGUUGAGUCAUGCCAAAGGUCUUAAUUCAAUUAGAUGUCCAUGUUUGAAUUGCGGCAAUCGUUUACUUAAGGAUGUCUCAACAGUUCGGUAUCAUCUGUAUGCCAAUGGAAUUGAUAAGAGUUACAAGGUAUGGUUCUGGCAUGGUGAAGAAUUGAACUCAGAUAACGUUGCCAACACGAUGGAAAAUACAGUGGAUGAAACUGAUGAAAACGACGAUUUAUUUAAUACAAUUAAUAUGGUUCAAUCUGUUCAAGAACAAUCUUGUAAUGCAUCAAAUACCUUCGACACUAUGUUUGAUGACGCGAAGAAACCCUUAUACCCAGGAUGUAAGAAAUUCACAAAGUUAUCAGCCCUCGUGAGAUUGUAUAACCUGAAGGUUAAGUAUGGUUGGACGAAUACUAGCUUCUCUGAAUUGUUGUCCAUAAUAAGUGAUUUAUUACCUGAUAACAAUGAAAUUCAAUGUUCUUUGUACGAAGCAAAAAAAACACUUGGUGCCCUAGGACUGAGUUACCAAAAGAUUGAUGCAUGCCCUAAUGAUUGUUGCUUGUACAGAAAAGAAUAUGAAAAGUUGACCAAGUGCCCUAAGUGUGGUUUGUCAAGGUGGAAGAUCGCUAAGAACUCAAAAAAGGAAAAAAGUGGUGUGGCUGCUAAGCAGAUGUGGUACUUUCCAAUAAUUCCAAGAUUUAUAAGAAUGUUCAAGAGAUCUGAAAAUGCUAAGAACUUGCGUUGGCAUGCGAUAGAUAGACAAGUUGAUGGUAUUUUGAGACACCCGGCUGACACUCCAUCAUGGAGGUUGAUAGACCACAUGUGGCCAACCUUUGGGUCAGAACCGAGAAAUCUCCGUUUGGGUUUGUCUAUUGAUGGAAUUAACUCAUUUGGAGAUAUGUCGACGACGUACAGUUGUUGGCCCAUCAUCACUACAAUAUACAACCUUCCACCUUGGCUGUGUAUGAGAAGAAAACAUUUGAUGCUGAAAAUCUUAAUAUCAGGUCCAAAGCAACCGGGCUACGAUAUCAAUACGUACUUCGCACCUUUAAUUGAUGAUAUACAAACGUUGUGGACGGAUGGAGUUCGUUGUUUCGAUGCAUAUAAGGAAGAAUAUUUCACACUGCGGGCUGUCUUAUUAUGGACCAUCAACGAUUUUCCAGCAUACGGUAAUCUAUGCGGUUUUAGUAAGAGGACACAAAUUAACACCAAACUUCAAAUACUUUAAUAAGUAUGGAAUUUCAAGUUUACUUACUUUAACCUUGUUCAAUUUUGUCAUUAAUUGUAAGAAAUUGCAAUGUUACUCUCCAACAAUAUUCGUCGUUGUAAACGUUUCAAGUAAAAGCAUCUCAAUUCUCAAACAAGUUGUGAUAUGAAAUAAUUAAUAACACAAUAAACUGGACUUAUACUAAAGCAAAGGUUUAACUACACCUUUUUUUUACUUUUAUAUUUUGAAAGAAAAAAGAAAAGAAUAAAUAGAAUUUCUUGUUGCAUACUUGUUUUUCACCUUCUUUCAUUCUUUUUUCUCCUCUUCAACUGUUGGCUUUACCUUGAGUACUAAUAUAGAAAUAUGAAAUCGUGCUUCGGUUUAGAAGUACUGGAGGAUAUAUUAAUAACAUAUGACAUCGUGCUUCAGUUUAAAAGUACUUGAGGAUAUAUUAAUAACAUACUAUGGUGCUGCUGACAGUUGUUUUCAUGGUAAUGGUAAUUUUCAUGGAAGACUUGUGCACCAUUUUCUCACCAGUAAAUGCUCAUGUUGUUAGAUUGUUACAUUCUUUGUUAGGAAUUUGGAGUAAGGUAAAUGACCCUAUUUAUACUCUUUUUAUUGGGUUAAUGAUUCUUCACAUGAUUGAAUGGGUGACCUCUGGUUUGAUUAAUCUUCAUUCUUUUGAGAAGUUAGAUGUUGUUAGCCAUGCGACUUUAGUGUCUUCAUGUUGCAACUUGUAAUAAUGUUUCUUGUCUUCUUCUGUUUUUUUUUUUUUUUUUAUCUACUUAUAGUUCAUAUUGAUUGUAUAAUAGUAGUGUAAUUGUUAAGCUGUUGAUUUUGAUGUUUGAGACCCCCCAUUGUUAAACUUUAGACCAAUUGGUCAUUGUCUAUCUUUUGGUUUGUACUUUAAUCACAUCUUUCUUUUGAAAUAUAUAUGUAUUAUGUAUGUUUAUAAUUUUAUC